AUUUCAGCUUCUGAAAAGAAAGAGUGACUUCAGUUGAACUGUGUCUAUAGAGCAGAGCGAGGUCGGAGGUUCCGCUGCUGAGUGCUGUGUUUUCCCACGGCGCAGUGUUCCUGAAGGCAGCGCGGCGCUCCGCUGCCAUGUUGUUGUGAGAGUCUGGAGAAGCGGGACGGAGGCGACCGAGAGGCGGACAGAGAGGCGCAGUGUGUCGGUGUGUGUCAGCGGACACUCGGUGAGCAGGGAGCCGCGGCUCCACGGACCCGGUGCGGACCCAGUUCGGCUCUGUGUGGACCUCUCGCUCCGGUGAGGUGAAGAUGGUGGACCGGCUCGCGAACAGCGAGGCCAACUCCAAGCGCAUCGGGGUGGUGGAGGGCUGCUUCGGGGCAGCAGGUCAGCCGCUGGCCAUCCCGGGUCGCGUGCUAAUUGGCGAGGGCGUCCUAACUAAGCUCUGCCGCAAAAAGCCCAAGGCGCGGCAGUUCUUCCUCUUCAACGACAUCUUGGUCUACGGCAACAUCGUUAUCCAGAAGAAGAAGUACAACAAGCAGCACAUCAUCCCGCUGGAGAGCGUCACCAUCGCCACGGUGCCGGACGAGGGAGACUUGCGCAACGGUUGGCUCAUCAAGACGCCCACCAAGUCCUUCGCUGUCUAUGCCGCCACCGCCACAGAGAAGUCCGAGUGGAUGAACCACAUGGGGAAAAGUGUUGGAGACUUGCUUCAGAAAAGCGGCAAGGCGCCUACUGGAGAGCACGCCGCUGUCUGGGUGCCCGACUCGGAGGCCACGGUGUGCAUGCGCUGCCAGAAGGUGAAGUUCACACCGGUCAGCCGCCGCCACCACUGCAGGAAGUGCGGCUUCGUGGUCUGCGGGCCGUGCUCAGACAAGAAGUGCCUUCUGCCCAGCCAGUCGUCCAAACCGGUUAGAGUCUGCAAUACCUGCUUCGUGCAGAUGACGUCGGGAAGCCUGGCGCAGCACUCAGACUCCAUCGGCCGGAUGGGGUCAAAAUUCAACAACCUGUCAGACGAUGAGGACGAAGACGACAGCAGUGACUGAGGAACACGUCGUCCUCCAAGCGGCCCGUCCCGUCCCCGUCUCGACGAGGAAACACUGCUUCUGAGUUCUUCUCCUCUGAUCAGGCUCCGCCGUGAGAUGAACUCCACCUCUGAGGAUCGAUUUGUUAAAUUCGUGUCAGAGCUGGAGGCUCCUCUGCAAAACCAACUGUUUCAUUUUACUUCCCUGUAAUUCAGGGAAGAAUAUCUUCCUCAGCGUUUUGAUUAAUCAGUGAUAUGUGGAAUUAACUGCGUGGAGGGAGGGGAAAGGUCACUUGAGUCUUGAUUAGGCUGCAGUUCGUCACUACAGAACAAUGGUGCUAAUGAGCAACUCCUCCAGUCCUCUUCUUAAAUUAAUUUCACCUAUUGAGAGGAUUCUUUUUGAUUCAUUUCCAUGAACUCCACAAGGUGACUGUUGUUAUUUCUGCAGGGAAAUGCAUAUGAUGGGCUCUAACCUUUAUCUCCUCUGUCUUUCGGGUAAACCAGCAAACCUUUUUCUAACCGUUUGGUGUUUUUCUGCCGUCUUUUGCAAAUUUUCCACAGUUUUUAUAAACAGAAAAUGUAGAUAUUAUUCUAAACUCUCCUUUUGUUGUCAACGUAAUUUAGCUGCUUCUGACAAAUCAGCUGAAGCAUGUUUCACAGUCAGUGGGUUUGUCUCUGCUAACACACUGACUGUGAGAUUUCUUAGCGGCUUUCCCCAAAAACUAACUCUACAGUUUGCCUUCUCCACAAGGUGCCUUAUAGAGAAACAGGAUUCACAUGAUGACUUUGACUCUGAAACACAUCUCCCAGGGUGCAGUCGAAUAUUCAGCAGGGAUAUUACCAAGUUUUAGGUCCAGUUGUGAGUCGUUAAAAAUAUGUAUUUUCAUGCAGGCUUCUGAGAGCACAGCGGGGUGGAUGUAGAUUUUCUCUCAGGUUCAUGACUUUUAAACAUCAGUGAAGCUGUUUUCAGACAUGAACUCUGGAAAAUGUCCAAAAACUUUAUUAAGUAUGUUCCUGUAGUUUGUCUUUCUCACAAAACUCUUCCGGAAAACGUAUAGGAAACUGAAAACAGCUUCUGAUUAAAUGAAUGAAGGGAAUCAGGGACUGAAGGAGAACAACUCCAGACCUGAGGUCCUCCUGAAAUCAAAGACAUGGAGAUGAAGGAGAAGAAGCUGCUGCAAAGCAAACUGCAGUAAUUUCUGACCUUAUUAAAAUUCAAAAAGUAGUAAAUUGAGUGUAGGUGUCAACAACAGAAACAUUGGUAUAAUGUGUCUGACAGAUUCAGCUCCAGUCCAGGGGCUCGUUAGAAAUGGUGACCAGUCCCAUGCAUAAAUACCCAAAGCUAACAUCUGUCUGAUGGAAAUGCCACACCCAUAUACAGUGAGUGUGCACCAAUAGGCUGACAGGCUCUGAUACAGAUGCCAAAAUACCUUUAACAGCACGACGAGGAAACGUAUUUAAAGCAGUAACAUCAGGAAAUGGCACAUUUGACUUUCUGUCAGUUUAGGAGUUAAAAUUAGAAUCAAGAUCUGUUCAUAGGCUGCAAUGUGUUUCUGAAGUUUAAAGUCUCCAGUUGGGAUUGUUUGUGUGGACUCUUCCUGUCAAAGAAUGAAACCAAAUGCAAUAAUCAUUCCAGGACCUGCUCUGUGUUUUCUUUUGCAAUCGCUUGUUGUAAUUUGUCCUGAUUCAGUAGUUUAGGUGGUUUCACUGUACAACAGUAAAUCAGACUUCCUGUCAGUGACUCUUGUCUUUGCCGAGGUCAGAGGGCGAAACAAGCGCACCCUCUCUGAACGUGGCUCCUCCCAGCUGGUGGAGUUGUGUAAUCCUCCCUUCUCUCUUCUUCCUUCCUCCUUUUUUCAGCACCAUAACUUUCCUUUGGUAACGCGCCGUCUACUGAUCAUGUGACGUCUCAGUUUUCAGGUUUUCUCACAGAUGGUCAUGUGAUCAGUCUCAGUUAGAGUUUCUCUUCCCUGCUGCGACUCUGAAGGGGUUUGUUCCUUUUUAAUCAGGCAACAUUUAAAACACCUGCAGGCAGAAGUGACUCAUCUCACAACCCACACAAAAAAACCCUGACCUAAACUUAUUAUGGCACCAGAAACCUUUUUAAUAGAUUACAAAUCAUGAACUAUUUGUUUUAUUUGUUUCCUAUCAGUUGAUACACGUGUGCUUUGUAGUUAAAGUAUCUGAAGUUGUGCAGGAACCAGAAAAGAUGUCAGGAAAAACCUUCAGAUUAGCAUUUGAGUGGAAGCUAUGGAAACCUUUACUGCAUCUUUACUUGAGACAAAACAGGGAAGCAACACGUCACAUCUUAAAGAGGAACACUUUGUUAUGGCUGCAAUUCAUCGGCAUUAAUCAGCAUUUUUAAUGCAGCGCUUCUUAAAGUGACAGAACAGGGAGAAGAAAGGGAACUGGUUCAGUUUUUUUUGUGUUUUUAUUAGAAGUAGAUUUGCAAUAAAAACCACCUGAGAGAUGACUAACCAGCUGUUCUUCCUCCUCGCUGUGGCCGAGGAGACGACUUCACCGUCCAACACAGAAACACAAAGUCUGACCGGGUUUAUCUGUGGAUUGCACUUAAAGUCGGCACAUGGACUCACAUCUACAGUGACUCUGGCGGAUGUCUUUUUGUUGUUUUUAUGGUCUUUUCUGUUUUAAUCCUGAUGAUUUUGUUUGUACAUUUGUACAUAUUUGUUUUGGGUUCUUAUGUUUUUGUUGUACAGCUACGAUCAGUUCUGAAAUGACGCAGUUUCAGCUCCUCCUCCUCGUCUUUGUCCAUAUGAGCAUCAUCUUAAACACAGUGAUUCCUGCCACAUCUGUAUUUGAAGCCUCCCUAUUCCCUGGGGGGGUCGCAGGUCAGCAGCAGGACUUGUUUGAAGAACCGGGUUAAUCAACUCUCUUUAAAAUAUACAGAACCCCCCCCCCCCCAGAUGUUGGUCGACACUGCUGCUGUUUGGUAUUUUACGAUCCAGCUGUUGUUCACACUGAGCAGCCUCUGACACGCGGCUCACUUCUGUCAACAAAUCGUUCACAAAGUGUCUUUGGUUUUCUUUAAUGUCAAAGGAAGGGAGAAGGUUUCAAGUUUCCCUUCAGCGACACACUGGAUGUAUUCUAACUUCGGCUCCAAUGAGUUCAUACCUAUUUACUUUUCACUUUUCUGAAUUUAUCAAGUCUCUGCUCUGCUCAGUCGAUCACCAUCAACUCAGUAAAUCUGAAAAUGACUUGCAAACAUCUCCCAAGCAAACGCUGCCAUCUUGUGUUCUUUGGAGUCACAGUGUGCUGAGUGAUCCUGAAGUGCAGCAGUGGUAUCAAGUCCCACCCCUCACACUCAGUCUCAGCUGUCCAUCAUGAUAUCUUGUCCCAGAGAGUGAAUGGUCCCACAGAAACAUAACACCAGUGAGAUGAUGGACCUAAAUGAAUGAUGUGAAAUCUUCGUCCAUUCAAAUGUAUUUCAAACCACUAACGACAUAAAAGCAGUGAAAAUUAGAAACAUUUCUGCAGUUGGUUGCACUAAUUUGUUGAAUAAUGACACGAUGGAUUUAUUCACUGAGAAGUGUGGAAGCUACAGCGGCUCAGUGUGAACAGCAAAGACCUGCAGGACUCAAAUAUUCACUGGUUACAGCUGCAGACAUUUUAGAUAAAGGAAAACCUGUUAUAUGUAUUUUUUCUGAGGAGGAAACCUGCGACAGCUGAAACACGCCAGCGUUCUGUCACUUUGUUUUUUGUAUGGGAGCUGUUAGCAGCUUUUAUGUUCUCAUUGAUGGUGGCAUUUUUUUUUUUUUAAUUAAUUUUAAAGGGCUGAAAUCAGAAUGUAACCCAGUGUAUCUUUGACCAAUACUUAUUCUUUCAGAAAUCUUUAAGUUUGUUAUAAAUGAUGCAUCGCUUAAAGUUG